AUGGGGAAGUACAUGAAGAGAUCUAACGCAACCGGAGACGUGCCCAUGACGGAAGUCUCGCCGUCCUCUCUUGGUGUCCGCCGGACAGCCACCCCCACCACUCCGCCGGCGUCAAAUUCUCAUGAUUCUUGUGAAAAUGAUUUUUCCGUGGCGGAUUUGCAGCCAGGAUCAGUUGGGUUUUCCAUGAAAGACGAGGAGUGCAUGGAAGUGGAAUGUGAAGAGUUGGUGAAAGAGGGUAUGGAAAUUGAGGGUUCUUGUGGUGAAAUCAAUUUUAAUUUGGAAGACACCGGUGCAACCCCCUGCACUACAAGGCAGACUGGUCCUACCGCGGCUGGACAAUAUGAGUCGGAUGCCCUUCACACUGAUGUCCUUUCUGAAUCUGAGAUCGAUGAAUUUUUUGACUGCAUAGAGCAGUUGCAGCACCGCAGUUCUAUUGAGAAGUAUAACUUCGACUUCGUGAAGGAAUUGCCCCUCCCGGGACGUUACGAGUGGGUGAAAUUGAAUCCUGGAGCAGAAUGA